UGAGGUAGUUGUGGCUCGGCCACGCGACCACGCAGCGAGGACUGGGCGCUGGUCAUGCAUGACAUUUUUGUCCCAGGUCAUCGACAAACAACCGCACAAAGCAGUGUUCGCGCUCCACGUUCUGUUCUCUCCGUGUGACUCCACGGUUUGAAGAUGGGAAUAUUUGCGUCUUUUGUUACUGUACCAGCAGCGGAGACAACGCAUUGAGGAGAUGUGAACCUAGGGAGACUUUUGAGAGGACGUUUCCGGACUUUCCGUGUCUGCGGCGUAGAUUUGAAGAUAGACUUUUUUCAUCACAGCGUUUUCGUGGACAGGGCACCGCUGAACGUGGAUUACAACUGCUGUUGUCAUCAACCAAGUUUGGAAUACCGAGGAAAAAGUAGGAGGAAGUUUGUGAAGAUUUAAGUCUACUGUCCAAUGACCAAGGUCCACAUUCGCGAAGAGAGAACUGUUGACUUUAAGUUUCUGAUGAUCUCCAGCACCAUGCCCCGCGCGUUACGGCUAUCCACAGUGUACCUGUUACUGGGCAUGCUGGCAGUGAUGGUGAGGCGUGGUGAAGCAGUGGACGCGUGUGACGUCUGCGACUGCAGCGACCCGACCAACAUCGACUGUCAGGACAGAGACUUGGAGGAAGUUCCGACAAACUUUCCACAGGAAGCACAAGCAAUAAUACUGAGCAACAAUAGAAUAUCAAGGGUGCCGCUGACUGCCUUUAGAGACUUGUCGGAUCUGCUCUUUAUAUACUUACACUCAAACGCUCUCACAACCCUUGAGGAAGGAACUUUUGACGACAUUCCCAAUUUAAUUGAAGUAUACAUGCGGGACAACCCGUUUUACUGUGACUGUAAUCUACGGUGGUUAGCGGUCUGGUUUCAGACCACGGCGGGGAGGGACAUUCUGAAGGACGACCCGCAAUGUCUGUCACCGGGCAACUUAAACGGACAGAGUCUGACCAGCGUCAGCGUGCAGGACAUGAUCUGUCCGACUACCGCCGCACCUCCUGUCACUGAGGCGCCCACAGAAGCGCCUGCCACGCCUGCCCUGAACACGUGGUGCCCGGAGGAGGAGAGUGUGCUGUUCACCUGGCCGAGAACCUUCAUCGACACUACGGCACGGGUGGCGUGUCCGGAGGGCGGCGGGACGGCCAUCAGGCAAUGUGCCUGGGGGUCUCCAGACGAAGGGGCCUCCUGGAGCGUGCCGAACGUCACGGCGUGUUUCUCCGACAGGGUGACACAGCGUCUGAGUGAGCUGGCGUACCUGCCGCCUGACAGAGUGCUGGACAAUAUAGACGAGUUACAGACCUGGACAUCUUGGGCUGAGCAGUUCACACUGAUCGACACCGCCCUGGCUGCUAAGACCUUGGCGACCCUCUCCGCCACCCCGACCCUGGACACGCAGCAGUGCUCCACAACACUGCGGUGUAUCAGUAACCUCAUGCAGGCUGACGAACAACAGCUGAUGGAGGCUCAGCGGAUGUACAACUCUGUAUCAAAGCUCAUGAGCGUAAUAGAGCCAGUGACAUUCAACACAGUGUUUGACGGCGACACUUUCGUGACAACUGCCGGGGACAUCGCUAUAGGUCUGGGAGCGUUUCAAACAGUACAGUUUCCCGGUGCCGCAUUCGUCCAACAGUCAACGGACGGCAGGCGGUCUUACCAGUCGGAUCAGGAGUUUGAAAUAUUCUUGAACGCUAAUGUGUCCGAUGGAGAUUUACUAGGGUUCAGUUCGAUAAAACUCCCCACGACGCUACUGGACAGGGUGAUACUAUCAGAACAUCCAACCGUGCAGUUCACUUUCUACAGGAGUGGCAAAAUGUUCGACCUCGUGAGCCAAGCUGACGGGAACUCCUCCUUCAGUAUGAUGAAACUCCAGGUGCCCAUCAUCUCUGCCACGGUGGGAGGGAUGCACGUGUCGAACCUGUACGAUCCUGUACAGGUCAACUUCCGCAGGCUUAUAACAACGGGCACUCCAGUAUGUGUGUUUUGGGACACAUCAAUAAACGACUGGUCAAGAGAGGGGUGUCAACUGGCUAGCGACCAGAAUGACAUCAUUACCUGCGAGUGCAACCAUCUUACAAACUUUGCCGUUCUCAUGGAUAUAUAUGGCAACAUAGACAACAUCUCAGACGCAGAUCUGACAGCCUUAAUGAUCAUCUCUUACGUGGGAUGUGCCAUCUCCAUGUUAGGGAUAGCUGCGACUCUUCUCACCUACUCUCUCUUCAGGAAGCUCCGGAGAGACAACCCCACCAAGAUCCUGAUGAACCUGUGCCUCGCGCUCCUCCUGGCCAUUCUGUUCUUUGUCUGCUCCGGGCCUGCGCACAACAGCGGCAGCCGAGGCGCCUGCGUGACCGUGGCCGUGUUUCUGCACUACUUCCUGCUGACGUCCAUGGCCUGGAUGGGGCUGGAGGCGCUCAACCUGUACCUGGCCAUCAUGAAGGUCUUCAACACCUACUACAGGCACUUCAUGCUCAAGUUCUGUAUCGCCGGAUGGGGUAGCCCAGCUGUUAUUGUCGCCAUCACUUUAGCUGUUAACGUAGAGAACUACACCCAAUAUGGAGGGAUUUGCUGGCUGCAGCCUAACGCGUUCUAUGGAGCGUUCCUGACGCCCGUGUGCCUGGUGCUCAUCCUGAACUGUGUCAUGUUCGGUCUGGUCAUCAGGCAGCUCGUGGGAGGGGCUGCCAACGAGUUCAAGAAGGCUGACAAAGUGGAGACAACCACGAAGCUGAGGGGCGCGAUUGGACUGGUGAUCCUCCUCGGACUCACCUGGGUGUUGGCCAUCUUUGCAAUAGCUGAAGCCAGCCUCACAUUCAGCUACCUGUUUGCCAUCGUCAAUUCUCUUCAAGGGAUGUUCAUCUUCGUGUUCCACUGUGUUCUGAAGAAGGAUGUCCAGAACCACUGGAAGACAAUCCUGCCAUGUGGGCCUAAAGGCAGACCUGGGACUCCAAGCGCAUGGACAGGGUCGAAGUCCAUGUCCACUCCCAGCCAGCUGCACAGAAGCUCCCGUGUGUCUGACAUCAACAUUAAAGCCUUCCACGCCAUGACAAUAGAGGACGCUGAUCAGAUUGAUGACUUCAACUCCAUAGGACAGGGUGGCUCAGACAAUGCAGAUGACGUAUCAGAAUCCGGGUCCAGACCAACCACAGCGUCUGGAAUCCGGCUGGACACGUCUUUCCGCAACAUAGACUUCCAGGCAUACAGUCAUCCACCAAUCACAGACUACUGCAACCCUCCCUCCCCCAUCCCUGAGGCCUCGCGAGAAUGCUCAGAUGAGAGCACAUCAGUAUAUGAUAUAGAAACAAUAAACGACAUCUCCGAAGCUUAGGGCUUCUGUGCAGGCCGCUGUCUAUACAAAAUAUAAAUUAUCAUGACACAUUUUGUAUAAUUUUCAUAAUAAUGUAUGAGACACAGUCACAUUCUGCUGAUUUCCAAGCUACUACAGCAGCUGUUAAAAUAAAGCCUUCCACUUUUUUUUAUACGCCAAUAUGUGGAUUUUUCUCCAAUUCUAAAUCAAAAUUUCUGGAAUGAAGUCCUUCCCUCUUGUCCUUUUGGCUCAUUUUAUACACUGUGAAACAGUACAGA